AUGACGUGGGAAAGUCAAAAUGCAUCAAACGAAUUCGUUGAAAGGUCGAGUCGAGCUGUAUCGGCUGUGAAAAAAGCAUUGUCAAAAGCAUCUCGUGAAUUUUGGAAUUGCAACUCGGAUCCUCAAGAAGGUGUCACUUUUGAAAAAUUCGGCCCAUUUAUUUACAAGUCAUUCGAACCUGAGGCUGGUCUGUCGACGAGAGUAGAUGGACAUUAUUCAUGGACCCGUUGCAAUGGAGACUGUUCUGAAUACACUGAAGCUUCAAAUAUGUGUGAAAUGGGUGUAGUCAAGCCAUAUUGCGUUGAUUUUAUACAUAUUUGUCCUGGUACUGUGAGGAAUUGCGAAUCUUUCGACUCCCACAUAACGAUGUGCAAUACAGAGAAUGCCACAAGUAAACGAAGGUACCAAUACGUAGAAGGUGGUAAUGGGAAAUUGUUAGGUGAAAAAACAGGAUUGUGCAAUGCAGGAAUAACUAGCUUUAGCGAACAUCUUCGGGACUUCUGGUAUUGCCAAGUUUGCUUAUGUACAUGUGAAAAUGAUAUCGAUCUAAAUAUGGAUAUCUAUAUCAACUUGAAAGAAGUUGUAUCAGAUGUAUAUCGAAACAAGGUCAUUAUAGGAGUUCGUCUAAUAAAAAUCGACAACAUAUUUCAUCUUCAGAUACAGCAAGCUGCAAUUUUACAAUCGGGCAUAGUCGAUCUGAAAACAAAAUCAUGGGCAAAAGUUAACAGAUAUAACAUUACCGACAGUAAUGUGAAGGCUGAUGUCGACUAUCUUCGGUUGAGCUGGGACAAAAGAUCAGUUGAGCUAAACGAUAUUGAUUUCGAUGAUGACAUGGUUAUAACUGGUGUAAAAUUCACUUACUCUGGAGGGCUUUUAAAGUUGGAGGCCCGAGGACAUGAAUUUACAAGGAGAGCCUUUCAUCUGCGGGUCACAGAUCCUUACCGAACUUGUUUAGGGGUCUUUUUGGCCCAUUGGAAUAAAUUAACCAUAGGGGGCUUCAUUAUUAUGUACAAGAAGGCCCCCAAACAAGUUUGCGAACUUCAACUGUAUUACGUGGAUUUGUCAUCAGAUCACCAUUUGAAUAAUCCUAUUCACUCGUACCCUGGACAACAUCUGACUCUGACAACGAGUAGUCUAAAAAACGAUGUAGGGCAGACUAUUGUACCAUUCGUGGAUAUAGAACCGGUAGGAACUAGGCAGCCAACUCCUCUAUCUAGAAUUGGAUUAUUUCACAAGAGUUACAAAAAGGCGCUGCUGGAUAUUUAG